UGCAAAAAUGUGAGAGAGCAUGCAAGUCACCUACGUAGGACGUGGCCGAUGGUGAAUGGGUGGUCAUUUCCCAACUUGCGCAAGCACAAGCCUUCCCUUGUGCACCUGCUCCUCGUGAAGGAGUGCAACAUCGACACCGAUCACCAUGGAUGCCAUGUCCUUUACAGAUCGCUUCCUCGUCGUCAAAGUCAAGUGGAGCGGCAAAACAGAGCGCAUCCUUGGGUUCCGCCCGUACAUGUUUGCCACGGUCCAUCCAAAGUCAGGGGCGAUCACAAACGAAUGGUCCUACGACGCGAUUACGUCCGUUGACAUUUCGUUCGAGGACAAAUCGGAGUUUACGAUCAACAUGUUUGGCUUGAAGAAGAAAGUGAGUUUAAAACUGCGCCAUCGGUAUCGAUCCGAAGUCCUACAAGCACUUUUCCGCGCCCGCGCGGCGUUUGCCAUCGAACGGCGCCUGAAAAACGCCCACAUCCUGGCCAAACUCACUUCAUUCGAUGGCCACGUCGAGACGUUUGAGCUCCAUCCCGACCACGACCACACCGCCGACUACCAACCGACCGUGCACUGCUCUCUUGUGGACUGCGUGCUUCAAGUCGGCGUAGACGCCGUGUACCAGCUCGGUACGUCCACAUUCGUCACGGCCUGCUGUACUUUUUGCGCUCUAAUAUGGCCUUAUCGCAGGCGGCACAAGCGGGAGGUUUCCAUAUUUCGACUUAACCAAGCUUCAAUCCGUAAACGUGGCGACGGACGACCCGACAAUGCUCGUGCUUCGGUCGGCGGGCCUGUCGCAUCUGUUCCACGUCGCCAGCCCAAACGAUGUCGCACGAGCCAUCAUGGAAGCCGGCCUCGCGGUCGACGUGAUUGUGCCCGUGGUCCGCGACAAGUCUGCCGCCGCUUUGCAGUCCCAACAUGUGCACUUUACCUCGUUGGACGCUGACUCCGUGUUGGUGUCGUACGACGUGCAGUUCCCCGACGAGUCGUCCGAGGUAUGUACUUAUCCGUCAUGGAUGCCAAAUGCUGUGCAUCUCCACAAGAGAUAGUAUGCGCCGCCUAGUCGUUGGAUGAUUGUGGCAUAUAUGAAUGCUGCUGCUCUUUGUAGGAAGAUCAAGUUGUCGACAUGGGGUCACUGGUGCUCACCGAUACCUACCUCGUGGAGCGCGAUCAUUUCCGCCUCACCAUGUUUGUCCAGCCGUUGACAAGUCUCUACGAAAUCGUGCGAUUGGAAGACACAACGGAUGAAUUCACCGUCGAGUUUGGCAACGAGCUACGCCGCACAUACUAUUCGCUCCAUCGAGAUGCGAUCAUUGCGCACAUUUUGGAUGCAUGUGCGUCGCGCGGCACUCACGUCCGUCUCCACAAAAUGCGGACGCCGGCCGGCAGGCGUGUGUUUCUCCGGUUCAUGCUCAUGACGACGGCAUCGUCGACGAUACCCGCGGACAUGGUGUGGUUCCAAGCGACGUGGCUGCACCGCCUCGUCGGUGGCGGCGGAGACAAACACGACACGGACAGCCACGGGACCACGAAAACACCGUCAAUUUUGAGCCAACUGCGCCAGAAGAAGAAGCCGCAGCAGCAGUCUGUGGACGCCAUGUCGCAUGUGGAGAUGGUGCUGGACUUCAACGCGAACGUGCCGUUGGGAGGCCUGUCGACCAAGCUCAAGGACAACGUGGCCCAAGCCACAAGCCUGUUGCUAGGCGAGGUGCCGCACAUGGUGUUGUUACGCCAGUCUCCGAAAAGCAAUAUGGACACGGUAGCAUCGUACUUGCAGUGCUUAUACCGCCUCGUGGCGAAUCCGUUCAGCGCCAAGCAAGCGCUCGAGCAUUUGGCGCGUUCAGACUACAUGGAUGCGAUGGCAGAGAUUCUCAAACGCGACGACUUUAGCUCGAUCCAGUCAUUGUUUUGCUUCAUGUCGAGACUGUUGCGUGGCCCCAUCGGCCUUCGAACCCGCAAAGUGUUCUUAUCCCACAACGGCUUUGUCACUGCGCUCUUGGCCUUGUUUCAAUCGACCAAUGCGAUCGUACUGGGCCAACUGUGCCAAGUGUUGGAAGCCCUGCUGACAACUGCCGACGAUGGCCCCACGGUGGACCCUCUCGUCAACAACCUGGUCAGCCACGUAUCGAUGCAUUAUGCAAUGCUCGUCCGCAUGCUGUUCCAGUUCGCGCCGCCUGCGACCGUCGAAGCAGUCGUUUGCAUUUUGAACCACAUGGUGCACACAACCGUGUUGAGUUUUGCCAACACCCACGACACGACUGUGCACCAAUGGAACACUAGUAGUACCCGUGUAUCCAGUGCCAGCCGAGUGUUUGCCAUGCACCCCCCUGAACGCAUGAUCAAACAGUAUCACAGCUUCCUCAUGGCGCACCCCCAUCCCGGUAAAGAUCUGCGACGCCAGCCCCACGCGGCGGCCCUCCGCCUGCGAUACAGGUACCGCGGUCGGUUUCUGCAGCAGUGGAUGCACCUGCUUCAAGGCGACUUUGACGUGGCCAUCGAGUGCCUCGGCCUGGACGCGGUCAAGUACGAGGGGUCGAAAAUGAGCCAGAAGCACGGACAGGUCAAGAGCGCCAUUUACGUCGUGCCAAGCGGACUGGUUGUCACUACCUUUGGCGGCAAGAUGUCCCUGUACGACUUUGGCCAGCUCGACGACUCGGUGAUCGGGUUCACGGCCGAAGACCCGUGUGGCCUCAUCAUGUCCAUCCAUCACCGCCACCGCGUCGUGUUUUCGUACGAGCGGGGCGAGAUCUUCGAUCGCAUGCAAGCAUUGGCGGGCCAGGUCGGCAUUCAGUUGGACAUGGGCGGAUUGUAUCAAAACCACGAGAUUCGUACGAAAAAGCCAACUGUGGGCGAGUUGGGGCUGACGUUGAUGUCUUCGUUUACCCUGGAUCGCGUAGACCAUGGUAGCAACGGCACUGGGCCAGUCAAAAAACGCAAGCGUCUAGCAUUGACCUCGGCGGGCGUGGUAGAAACAGACGACUCCGACGUUACGAACGCGAGUCUGUGGACGUUUGACCAGGUGGUGCACAUCACCCGACUGCAGGACCACGAGUUUCGGUUUGAACUUGUGGUUGCGACUGGCAAAUCAUUGUGGUACGACUCGAUGGAGCGGGAUGUGGUGAUAGCGACGCUCUUGGAUGCGUGCCACCACGCUCAAAAGCAAAGCGAUGCGGUCGCAUGUACGGGGAUUGGAAUGUUCAUUAUGCCGACGCCGCUCUUCAUGCCGCUCCUGCCUCGAUGUGUCUUGCAAACCCCAGCCGAGCUCGAGUUUUACUUUGGACCAAACGGCAUGGGCAUGUACUACCUGAGUAAAAUUGCGCAGUCGCGGGAUUUGUUUAUCGACGCAGUCGAAGAAUUUAACGCCAACUGCAACGUGAGCCGGGACACGCCGCUGCACUUUGCAACCGAUCCGGCGUGGAUGCCCCAAGUGUGCAAAGACAUGUCCAAUACGCUCACGCUGGCGUGCAAGACCAAAGACAUCCGAUCGAUCGUCGCCAUCUUGCAAGCGUUUUGCUGGCUCCAGCACGCCCACGUCAACUUACUCGACAUGCCUGGAUGUAGCUUGCUGGAAAUCCUGCUUGCCGUGCACACAACCGACGACGAAACUGCGCGGUUCUGGGCCAUCACGUUGGCGCAUGCGUUGUCUGAAGACACGACGGGGUCUCCCGCCGGAAAAGCCGCGGAAGCGGCCAACAAGAAGCGCAUUUUCAUGAACUCGCGCCUUGUAGCGCAUCUCGUGGCGGCGGUGGACGCGUCGGCGCAGCGCCCAUUGUCGCUGCUGGCAUCUGCGACACUGUUUGACUCGGUGCUGUGUACAUCGCGCGACUCGACCCACCACGGCCACUUCCACGACCUCGUCGUCGCAUUUGGCAAGAUCUUUCCGCGCCUCCUUGGCAUCUUGCACAACCAUCACCCAAACCGCCGGCAAGUUGUCGUCGUCGUCGGCACGUUCGAAGCGUGUGUGCUGAUCCUCAAGACAGUCGUCGAGCACAGCGACGUGGCGACCCGCACGGCCAUCUGCGACAUGGCGCUGAACAGCGGCCUUACGUUGCGCCACUUUUACAAGGCAAUCUAUGGCCACACCCAAGCGCAGCGUUUUGUGCAUCAGUUCAUCGUGUCGAUUUGGACAACUGGGCACGGCACGUCGUUUGCGUGGCUGGCGCGGGUGCUGCCACGUGGAUUUCUACGCAUCUUGUCCCAUCCGUCCACAAAGAAAAUGAUGAUGGAUGGGUUUGGCGAUGGCUUUAGCACGCACGCGGCAGCCGCAGUGGACACGUCGCGCGGCUCUUUGUACUCGCGUCAAUCGAUGCAGUUUGACGACGACGACGACGACGAAGGAGUCGACGAAGAUGCGGCGGACGAUCAAACGAGUCGGCGUCUGUUUCGUCGGCUGGAACGAUACCCCGCGGAGCUCGACGUCCACCAAAACCACCGCAACUACCCGUCGGAAUCGUGUCGGGACAUGCAUUUCUUGUGUCAUUUGCUCUUGCACACGUUCGCGCUGCCCGAUUUGAUCUGGAACCCCACCACGUCCAAAGAACUCAAGUACGCACUGGAAGAAGCGCUGCUUGAUCACGAGGAUUUAAUCACGCCGCAGUACAUGACGUCGAUGGGGUUUGCGUGGAACCACUGGUCGUUCCGUGUUGUGUAUGCGAGUCUGGCCAAGGAGAUCCAGGUCGGAUCGUACUAUUUGCGCAUUCUUAUGGACAACGUGCACGACGGGAUCGUGCUGGUGGCACGGACCCCCGACCCAGGGCGCAAAUCGUCCUCGUUUGCCCAUUUGGAGCUAGUGUGUCGAAGCAACUUGGCGGGGAUGGUCACGCACUCGAUCGUCGACAUUGCCGCCGACCCCCGACGAUUUUUUGACCAGUGCUUUCAACGGUGGCUGCAGGAACUGCCCUUCUCUAGCAACCAGGCGUCGAUGAACCCAGCUUUUCCGCAAGGUGGUGCCGGCGGCGGCGACGACGACAUGGACUCUGCGUCCGUGGUCUCGCAGCACGACAAUGCCGAAAUUUGGUGCCUUCAAUUGAUGGUGGCCACGUACAAAGCGUACGGGAUUGGCAGCGUUGAGCUGGAAAAGGUAGCCUAUGUGGUUCGGAUGCUUCGAGGGGAAACCCGGGCGCCGGUGAUCGAAGAGCUGCUGUCGUGGCUGAGCACGGUGGCGUCCGACACUGCCACGGCGCUGUCCCUGUUGACAAAGCCAAACAUGGAGCUGUUCUUGGACAUGUCGACGUUGGUGCACGAGCAUACGCCCCUGCAGGCAACCAUGAGCGCCGCCGCGACCAAGAGAUUGCGGUCCAUGAAAAGCCUCAAGCAGCUACAGCAACUUGAACUCGAUCAACACAACCACCAGUCGUUUUCGUACUUCAAUUUAUUUCACAAACAAGAUGACCUGGACGAUGGCGAAACCAACAUCGACACCAUCGACGAUACGUUCCAAGGCGAAGUGUACUGGUACAUCAUGACCAACCACGACCUGCACAGCAUCUCUGGGCCGCAUCCGGAGAGUAUUUUGCUGGCAAUUUGCACGUCGAAAGGCGCAGAUUGGUCGCGCAUCCUGCUGUCCAUGUACAACGAGCGACUGCCGGACGAGCGAGAAUGGCGACCCCUCCUUCGCGUGCCACGUAUUCGCUGGCGAUUGUUUGUGCAGUCGCCUUUUCAUGUCAACGUGUGCAUCUACACGAUAUCCUUGGUACGGUCGUUGGUGGAAGCCGAGAUUGAUCGCACGUCAACAGGGUUGCAACUGCUGCCCGUGCCAGCGGGCAAACGAUUCCUCAGCGAUCCGUUUUCGUUGGCGUGUGUGGUCCAACUAUUAUUGUGUCAAGAAACUGCGAUCGUCGAAUGUGCAAUUUCCAUCUUGCAUCGCUUAGUGGCGCACAACGCUGCCACGGCUGCGAAUUUGUACCGAUGUGGGGCCAUCUGGUUUAUGUUUGCAAGCGCUAGUCGCGUGUCGUUUUACGAACACGCGGUGGUGCUGGGGCUGACCCACCGACGCCAAGUCAUCACGCAUCCGACUUCGACAUCCGCCGUCAACCAGACAAGUGCAUUGACGGGGUUGCUGCCGGAAGCGCUGGUUCGCAUGCUGGACAUGGACGGUGCGCGCAGCUUUACGGACGUGUUUACGUUUCGGAAGUGGGAUCACCGAGUGCUGUGGACCCCCGCCAUGCGCGACCACCUCUACGACAUGCUGCAAGAGCAUUUAGCGCCGUUUGUGUGUCGGUUGCAUCAAGACAGCACCGCCGUGUACGUCACAACGAGUCGUUGA